AUGUCCCGUCGCCAAAUAUGCCAAGCAGCCUUGGUGUUGCAGAUACUCAUCCCAUUCUCAUCUGGAGAAUUCUUUGACAACAACGCUGAUGCCCUUCGUGAACUCGAUAUUCCCGUUGCGAGAUCUGUUCACACACUAAACCCGCUUGGCAAGCGUGAUUCGGACAACUCGAUUGCCACUCGAUCCGUCGGCAAACACAUCGACCCCACGCGAACUAUCCUUGACGGAACGCGCUAUGCCCUUGAUGUUACGAUCGCCGGAAAGACUUAUGCGGUUGAAUUUGAUACCGGAAGCAGCUCGUUCUGGCUACCCAGUGCCAACUUCACAUGUUUCAAUAUAACCAACCAAGUGCAACCUCAGUCCGCAUGCAGCUUUGCAUCGGUGGGUCCUGACCACUAUACUCGGGGACUAGUAGCAAAUACACACUUUAACUUGACAUAUCUCAGCGCAGAAUUUGUCAGGGGCUCUGUUGGUCUCGAAGAUGUGACCAUCGCAGGAUUGACCGUCCGGAAUCAGCAUAUGUCGCUGGCGGACGAAGUCUGCCUUGACACUGCGAACAACAUGACUAGUGGAAUUAUCGGAAAUGACUCAAGCCUCGAUAACAAGACGGACCCAAAUCACACCUGGAUUCCCACCAAAACUUGGCUCCAAAAUGCAGUCGACCAGGGCUUAUUGGAGAGACCAAUAUUCUCAGUCAAUCUUGGCAACAGAACAGAGAACGCUGCAAAUCUGAGCGUAUCUGGAUUUGUGGCUGUAGGAGGUGCGCCACUUGACGGACUUCCCUUUACUGGAGUCUGGGCCCAGUCAAAAGUCAGACCUACGACGUAUGCGCCCUGGGGUGUGAAGAAUAAGUACACUCAUUGGAACGUUAGGCCAGAUGGAUUCAGGGUCAACCAGACCUUCAUACCAUGGGUUCCCGGUGUCUUUGUCGACGGCGAAGAGAUCUUCACUAUUACCGAUACUGGGACCCCGUGGAGCUAUAUCACCGACGAGACUGCGAAAGCCAUUGCCGAAGCGAUACAGCCUCCAGCGUAUUACUCGAUGUACGACAGUGCGUAUGUCGCCAAUUGCAAUGCCACAGUCCCUGAAGUAAGCCUUCGCAUCAAUGGUACGGAUCUACCAAUCAGCAAGAGAGACAUACUCCUUGAUGGCUGGCUUGGUCAGGCCAACGAUUCGACUGUGCUGUGCUGGCUUGGCUUUCAGCCUAGCUUGCAGCCAAAAGCAGGUGGCACUGCACCCUUUCUCUUAGGAGCUACCUUUCUGAGGAAUGUAUUGGCUGUACAUGACGUGGGAAAUUUCAGGAUGCUGUUCGCUUCGCUCAAAUGGUGA